CAGACAUCUAAUUAUGUUACGCACCAAAAUGAUUUCGACACCCACACAUAAAUCCCUGCUAUGUACUGAAUAGAUUCGCAGCGAAAAAAAAAAAGCACUCAGAUCUUGUUAUCAAAAUACCAAAAUACCAAAUCUUGUUAUCUUAGCAAGAAAAUGAGAAAAAAACAAAAGGAAUGAAUUUGGAGAAGCCUUUUUCCCCACGCGCUUGUCUUUUGGGUUCCUCCCUUUGAAAGCCAAGUUUCUUAACUAAUCUUGCGAGCUCAGUCACACACAUCAAAAAGACACUAACAGAAGCACCCAACAAACACAGAGGUUUGCAUUUGUGGGUGUUUGAGGUUGAAAUUUUGGUGCAAGAAUGGCGCUUUCUGGCAAAAUUUCCCACCGUAAGCUGCCUGAAGGACUUUUGGAGAUCUCUGAAAGGGUUUUUGUAUUUAAUUGCUGCUUGACCUCAAACAUUUCAAACCUUCAUGAGUAUCGAGCCUAUAUCGGGCAUACUUUGGAACAACUACACGAAAACUUCCCCGAGUCCUCACUCAUGGUUCAGAACUUUGGAGAUGAAAAUCACCAAACUCAAAUUAUUAACACACUUCCUAAGUAUGGUAUGACCGUAAUAAACUACCAUUGCCAAAGUAAAAGCUGCCUUUCAGUCCCACUGGAAACAAUCCAACACUUCUUGAGCUCGAGCCGUAAAUGGAUUUCAUCUGGGAAGAGGAAUUUACUGUUGAUGCAUUGUGAAAACGGUUGCUUUCUGGUAUUAGCCUUCAUGCUUGCAACGUUCUUGAUUUAUAACAAGCAAUGUACUGAUGAGAGUAAAAUAUUGGACAUGAUAUCAAGCAAUGUGUAUGGAGAGUGGUCUCGUGGGCCCAUAUUUAGGAUAUACGGGUCGGAUCCUUUUGCAGCUGCUGAUCGGAUAUGUAAAAUGCUCUUUUCAGUGCCCAAAGAGAGUAAAGCCGUGAGACUAUUCAGACAGGCGGAUUUUGAUCUGGUUCGAGUUAAUGUCAACUGUCCUGUUCAAGGUGAUGUUGUGCUCGAGUGUGUUAACAAAGAUGAUCUUGAAAAUACUUCUCCACCAAGUGGCAGAGAUGAAAAACUCGAAAAUGUCUUUCUCCAAAAUGAAGCUGAGACUGUUCAAAAGCAUGAAAUUUCCAGUGCUUCUAGUAAUCUUGUUAACAAAGAUGAUCAAUCACUUGAAGUGAGUCCAAAAAAUGGAGCUUCUGAAAACAGCACAACUUCUCCACAAGCAAAGCUUAUGGUAAAAUCAAGUGACGAUUCAGAUUCCACGCCAAAGAAGACAGAUUCGAGCAAGCAACACAUUUUUGUACAUAGGCCUGCUCAGUCCAAAAUUAUACUCCCACGAAUAUCUCAAAUUUCUCCCAACUCAAGAUACCGAGGUGCAACAAUCUCAGCACUAGGUAUAACAGCUCUACUGCACGACGAUACCGAAUUCAGCAACAGAAAAGUCCAGCGUCCGUCCACGUCAGCAUCCGUUUCAUGUCAAGAAAACCCUGUGGCCCCUACUGACACUUCAAGAAAACCGAAAUCCGUUCCUCCUCCUCCACCGCCGCCACCUCAGCAUGCAGCAUUGCCGCCAGCUAAGAGCCGACAAGUUGUUCCACCUCCGCCAACUCCACUUUCGAAAGGCGGGCCCACUUAUCUUCAAAGUGUGAAGGGAAAGUUGCAAUCACGAGCAAGCAUGAGAACUCAAACUCAAGUUCAAUCAAGAAAGGCACCUCUCAGGGCUUACCACUGGUUGAAGCUAACAAGAGCUGUUCAGGGCAGUUUGUGGGCCGAGGCACAAAAACCUGAAGAGGCUUCAAAAGUUCUUGAGCUGGAUAUUUCUGAAAUCGAAAGUUUAUUCUCGACCAUUGUUACGAAUUCAGAUGACGGGGAUAAUGGCAGGAAAAUGAAUAGGCGUGGAUCAGGGCUUAAACCAAACAAAGUUCAUUUGGUCGAGCUCCGAAGAGCGUACAACUGCGAAAUUAUGCUAACAAAAGUCAAGGUUCCCUUGUCGGAUUUGAUGAAUUCGGUUCUUGCUUUGGAUGACUCAGCAUUGGAUAUCGAUCAGGUUGAUAACCUGAUAAAAUUUUGUCCAACCAAAGAAGAGAUAGAACUCCUUAAGAACUACAAUGGCGAAAGGGAGAACCUUGGAAAGUGUGAACAGUUUUUCUUGGAGUUGAUGAAAGUUCCACGUGUAGAGUCGAAGCUUAGAGUUUUCUCGUUUAAAAUUCAAUUUUUCUCCCAGGUCAGAAAUUCUGUCAAGUUGAAAAGGAUCAUGCAAAGUAUCCUUUCACUAGGAAAUGCAUUAAAUCACGGAACAGCAAGAGGUUCUGCUGUGGGAUUUCGUCUGGAUAGUCUCCUAAAACUUAGUGAAACGAGAUCACAUAACAAUAAGCUGACUCUUUUACACUAUCUGUGUAAGGUUCUUUCUGAAAAGUUGCCAGAAGUUUUGGAUUUUCAUGAAGACCUUGCAAGUUUAGAAGCCGCAACAAAGAUUCAGCUAAAGUAUUUGGCAGAGGAAAUGCAAGCCCUCAGUAAAGGGCUUGAAAAAGUUUCUCAUGAACUAAAUUCUUCCGAGAAAGAUGGAGCUGUCUCUGAGUACUUCUGCAAGACUCUGAAGGAAUUUUAUGGCUGUGCUGAAGCAGAAGUUAGAGCACUGGCUUCAAUCUAUUCUGUAGCGGGAAGGAAUGCAGAUGCAUUGGCUCUUUAUUUCGGUGAAGACCCAGUUCGCUGCCCGUUUGAACAAGUUGUUUCAACUUUACUAAAUUUUGUGAGGAUGUUCAGUCGUGCACAUGAGGAGAAUCGCAAGCAAAUGGAAGUCGAGAAGAAGAAAGCACAUACAGAAGCAGAAAAUGAGAAAUCUAAAGUGAAUAAUGGUUCCAGGAAAGAGUUGGAAAUGAGAUUAUGAUCAUAACCUUAACGCCUUUUUUCUGUUGCUAACGAGUGAUGUCAAAAUGGUUCGCCUUGUUAAUUUGAACCAGAUAGCUUUUCUGUAUACUAUAAAUAAAUAUCUAAUGUAAUUGCUAAGCUUUCGAGCCAAAAUACAGGAAAAAAAAUUGCCCUGUAGUAUCUUUUUGAAUUGUGAAAGAGUGUUAGUUAAAUACUGCAC